AUGACAAUUAAUAAUCAGAAAAAAUAUUACAAACGUAAAAAUGAUUAUAUUGAUGUUAAAUCAUCAUUUAAAAAAUUACGAAAUAAUAAAAUAAAAACUGAUAAUAUUGCUUUAUUAACACCAACAUCACCACCAGCAAAUGAAAUAAUUCAAAUUGAUCAUGUUGAUCCUCUUCCAACAUCAAACAAUAGUCUUACUAACAUUUCUUUUCCAUUUAGUAAUUUAUCAAAGCAAUAUCAUUAUCAAUUAUUAUCAACUUCUCUUCUUGAAAAUAUAUUCAAAUUACUUUAUCGAAAAUCAUCAAUAAAAACACAAAUUAAUCAAAAUCUUUCGUCUUCUUUUAUUUAUCAAUCAUCAUUAGGACCAAGUUCAAGUACAAUAAAUGCUAUUCUUCAAUUAGAACAUUCACCAUCAAGUAUUUUACCAAUUCAAUAUGAAUCUUCAUCAUUUUUACGUUCAUCAAUAAUAAAUUCAAAUUCUGAUGAUAUAACACGAUAUUAUCGUGGUGAUUUAAUUCAACAUUUACUUAAUUGGCCAUCGACACAAAUCGAACGUGAAACUAUUCGUUUAUCAAAUGAACAAAUUCGAUAUAUAACAUAUCGUUUAGCAUCAUUACGCAUGGAUUUAUUUUCUAUUCGACUUCAACUAGAACGAAAUCGUUUUAAAUUACUCAAAUAUCAUCAUAUCUUAGCUGCUCAACAAUAUGUUAUUAGUAAACUUCAAUUAAUUGAUUCUAAUGAAAUAUAA